CGGCGUUUGUUUCCAGCCGGUCAGAUUUCGGUGUGCCAUGGCGUCGUUAAGGGCGGCAUUAUGUGGACGUUUCCUGCAGCCUCUCCCUGUGUGUUUGGGAUCUCUGCGCUUCGCCAGCUCUUCUUUCAAGGCUGCAGAUCUGGCCAUUGAGAAGAGGCAGACGCCGAUCCCCAAGCCUGACCUGUCCAACCUGGUCUUCGGAAAGUUUUUCUCGGAUCACAUGUUGACUGUGAGUUGGUCGGAGAAAGAAGGAUGGGAAGCUCCUCAGAUUAAACCCUUCCAAAACCUGUCGCUCCACCCUGCAUCCUCUGCUCUGCAUUACUCCGUUGAGCUGUUUGAGGGGAUGAAGGCGUUCCGGGGAGUGGAUAAUCAGAUCCGUCUGUUCCGGCCCAUGCUGAACAUGGAACGCAUGUAUCGCAGUGCAGAACGCUGCUGCCUGCCUGUGUUUGAUAAAGGCGAGCUGCUGGAGUGCAUUAAGAAGCUCAUCGAGUUGGACCAAGAGUGGGUCCCGUACUCCACUGACGCCAGCCUUUACAUCAGACCCACCUUCAUUGGUGUCGAGCCUUCUUUGGGCGUGUCCCGAUCAAGUCGCGCCCUCCUUUUCGUCAUCGUGGGGCCGGUGGGGCCGUACUUCGCCACGGGAGCCUUUAAUCCUGUGUCCCUGCUGGCGGAUCCUCGCUUCGUGCGAGCCUGCAGGGGCGGAGUGGGCGCGUACAAGAUGGGCAGUAACUAUGGGCCUACGAUAGCCAUCCAGAGCAAGGCAGUGAAGCAGGGCUGUCAGCAGGUGCUGUGGCUGUACGGCGAUAGCGAGGAGAUCACAGAGGUCGGCACCAUGAAUCUCUUCAUCUACUGGACUAAUGAGAAAGGAGAGCGAGAGCUGGUCACUCCGCCAUUAGAUGGCCUCAUUCUCCCCGGAGUCACCCGACAGUCUCUACUGGACCUGGCCAGGGAGUGGGAUGAGUUUAAGGUGACUGAGCGGGUGCUGGUCAUGAAAGAGCUGAUGGACGCUCUGAAAGGAGGACGGGUGUUGGAGGUGUUUGGCGCGGGGACGGCGUGUGUGGUGUGUCCCGUCGGCAGCCUGUACUAUAGAGGACAGCACUUUGAAAUCCCAACCAUGAAGAACGGUCCUGAGCUCGCCACCAGGUUCUACAAAGAGCUCACCGAUAUCCAGUAUGGACGCACGAAGAGGGACUGGGCGCCGGUCAUCGUCGCCUGAUUGGACGCCUUUCCUCCAGUCACCUGCCGGAGCCAUGGGUUCUCCACACAGUUCACUUCUCCCGUUUCCUCCUGUACCUUCUGCUUUGCCUUAUUAUCUUAAGGGACUAAAAUUGCUUUUAUUGUUCUGAAGCAGACACUUUGGGAGCCUGUCAUUAAUCAAAUCGGCCAAUAAGGAAAGCGGGGGUUGGGGACACAACUACCGCCAUGACACCUCCAACACACGUGUGUGUUUAUCUGAUAGAAGCGUGAUCGUUUUUAUAAUAAAUCUAUCGAGCCUCAGUAGUAGUGUAGCAACAGAGCAGCUGUGAGGUGAAAUUUAUAUGCAAAUAACGUUUAUGGGAAAUCAUAAGGUGCAAUAAGGUUCACGUCUUCUCCUUGGAGAAAGGUUACUGAUUAGUUGGGGUUUUUUGUUUGUUUUUAUAGGUGAGCUAACACUAGCCACAAGCACAACCUGUCCUGUGUGUUCUUCCAGUGUAUACAUGACCGUUUUUAGACAUUAUGAGUCGAGUGCAACAAUCUGCUGUUUAGCGUCACCUCCGUUAAAUUUAUUAUUAUUGUUGUUGUGUAAAGGGGGAAAAAAGCAAGUUUAAAAUGAGGUUUCGAUGUUUUGUAAAUGUGUAAUUGCAGAGAAGAAAAAUGUUCAGGAAUUUAACAAGGUAGUGGCAGCACACAGUGUACUGUAAAAAUAUUGACACCCUUCAUGAAAGAGUUUAUUUAAGGGGGGGGGGGGCAACAUCCAUAUGCAGUAAGUGAUAUUUUGAACUUGAUACCAAGGCGUUGUGUGGGAAACUGUUUAAAUGAAACGUUUACACACAUCGUCUUUCCAUUUAAAAAAAAAAUCAAAAAUUGGCGCCCUACAAUUGUCAAUCAUAAUAAUUUUAGCACUUUUUUUCCUUUCGAGGGAGAGAGGGGUGUGUUGGGUGUGUGCACAGUGAGUGCAUUAUUUAAUUUUUUUUUUUAAUUAUAUACUACCGUUUAAAAGUUUGGGGUCACUUUGAAAUGUCCUUAUUUUUGAAAGAAAAGCACUGUUCUUUUCAAUGAAGAUUCCUUUAAACUAAUCAGAAAUCCACUCUAUACAUUGCUAAUGUGGUAAAUGACUAUUCUAGCUGCAAAUGUCUGGUUUUUGGUGCAAUAUCUCCAUAGGUGUAUAGAGGCCCAUUUCCAGCAACUCUCACUCCAGUGUUCUAAUGGUACAAUGUGUUUGCUCAUUGCCUCAGAAGGCUAAUGGAUGAUUAGAAAACCCUUGUACAAUCAUGUUAGCACAGCUGAAAACAGUUGAGCUCUUUAGAGAAGCUAUAAAACUGACCUUCCUUUGAGCAGAUUGAGUUCCUGGAGCAUCACAUUUGUGGGGUCGAUUAAAUGCUCAAAAUGGCCAGAAAAAUGUCUUGACAAUAUUUUCUAUUCAUUUUACAACUUAUGGUGGGAAAUAAAAGUGUGACUUUUCAUGGAAAACACAAAAUUGUCUGGGCGCCCCCAAACUUUUGAACGGUAGUGUAUAUUACUUGGGCGGCGGCGGCUGCUGCUUUUUCUUAUUCCUCUUCUGCCAAAAUUUCAGUUUUUGAGAAAACCCCCACAAAUUUUGUGAAAAAAAUCUCACAACCUCUCAUAACUUCCGAUCUACAAGGACAAUUUUUAUAUCAAAAUGUAGAUAAAUUUUCUAGUUUUUAAAUUGGCUUGAAACUGAAAGGGAGACUUCUCAUAUUGAGUAGAAAAUUUGAUUUUUUUUUUAAACACCCUUUUUGUGUGUGUAAAUGAAGUGCGCCAAUAUUUAUUCAGCAGUGUACUUUACAAAUCAGCCAUUUAAACAAGCGUUCAAGUUCUGUAAAGUAUUUCAGUGAAAUGAACAAAGUGCAGUCGAGUUUGUCUUUUUGGUUGGCUUGUUUUAUUUUUAAAGGUUGCGUUUGUUUUUUUUUAAUCAGACUUUACACUCCUGAUUUAACGUUAUUUAUGCCAUUAUAUUCGGAGAUGCACAGUGGACUAAAUGUAGAUCGAUGCUGAAAUGUUUAUAUUGAACUGUGAUGUUGGUAGCAUACAGGAAGAUUGUAAUAAUGUUUCACAAGCAGUGUACUGUACAGCUUUAAACUUGACUUGAGGACGAAUAAAAACACUCCAUGACGUUCCUGCACUAAAACACAAUGACUGCUAUCGUUAACUAAACGAGUCAGUUUAUCAUCAGUUCAGGAAAUCGACUCCAGUUUGUCUCUUUUUCCCUUCCUAAUCUCUCUCCCCCCCCCCCCCCCCCCCCCCCUCCAUCCUUCUUUUCUUUCAAGUGCCUGAGACUGGUUUUGUUCACUUUGCAUGUGGUUCUGCAUUAAGGCCGUUGUUUUGCUGAGCUGUAUUUUGUGUUCUGUGAGCGGUUCGGGAUGGUCGGAUGUCUCAUCAUUUGAUUUUACAAUAAAAGUACAGCGUUGUCUUUUUCAUUGUAAA